GUAUGGCCCGGAGUGCCUGGAGCAGUACAAAGAGAACCUCCACAAAUUCUUCAGCCAGAUUAAAGCGCUCGUUGGCCGUGAAUGUCUCAUGCUGUGGACUCUGGCCAUGCCGCUCGCCAAGAAGAUCAAGGGUGGAUUCUUGGUGCCUGAAGUGAGUCACUUGGCUCCGUCACUGUGUUAUGACAUCAUCGAGGCCAACUUCUACUGCAGUCAGCUGGCGGAUGCGUACGGCCUGGACGUCCUCGACCUGCACUUCCACUUCCGCUUCAGCCUGCAGCACCGCAUGCCGGACGGCGUUCACUGGGACGCCCUGGCCCAUCGGCGCAUCAGCAGCCUGCUGCUGGGGCACGCUGCUGACGCCUGGGGGGUACACCUGCACGCCCCCCCCCCUCAUCCAGGACAAG